AAAAAGGCAAAAUCCGUCCCAGUCGACAAAAAAGAUGAUUCGUAUUGGGAACGCAGACGCAAGAAUAACGACGCAGCAAAACGAUCCAGAGAUUCACGCAGACAGAAGGAAGAAGAAAUUGCAAUGAGAGCGGCCUUUUUAGAACAAGAAAAUCUGAAACUGCGGGCUCAAGUGGCC